GGCCGCGCGCAGGCGCUCACGGGGGCGCGCACAUGGCCGCGCACGGGGCCGCGCCGCGGCCGGGGCUGGGCGAGGUGCGGGAUGCGGAGCGGCGGCUGCGGGGCCGCGUCCAUCGCACGCCGCUGCUCACCUGCGCCGGGCUGGACCGCAUGGCCGGCAGGAGGCUGCUCUUCAAGUGCGAGCUCUUGCAGAGGACCGGAUCCUUCAAGAUCCGCGGUGCCCUGAACGCGGUGCGGAGCCUCGUCGAGGACAGCGAGCGCACGGGCCGGGCGCGGCCCCGCGCUGUGGUCACACACAGCAGCGGCAACCACGGGCAGGCACUGGCCUGUGCUGCUCAGGCAGAAGGGAUUCCUGCCUACAUCGUGGUGCCCCGAACAGCCCCGCAGUGUAAGCAAGAUGCCAUUCGUGCCUACGGUGCCACACUGGUGCCGUGUGACCCCAGUGACAAGUCCAGAGCAGAGACAGCAUCCAAGGUUGUCCAGGAGACAGGAGGAGUCCUGGUGCACCCCAACCAGGAGCCGGCGGUGAUCGCAGGGCAAGGCACCAUCGCCCUGGAAGUGCUGGAGCAGGCACCCCAGGUCAAUGCAGUGGUGGUUCCUGUUGGAGGUGGAGGAAUGGUUGCAGGAAUAGCAGUCGCCAUCAAGGCUUUGAGGCCAGAUGUGAAGGUGUUUGCUGCCGAGCCAAGCAAUGUGGAUGACUGUUACCAGUCCAAGGUGCGAGGGGAGCUGACCCCCAACCUCCACCCACGGGACACCAUCGCAGACGCAGUAAAAACCAGCAUAGGUCCCAACACGUGGCCCAUCAUCAGGGACUUGGUUGAUGAUGUCCUGACAGUCUCAGAGGAAGAAAUCAAGCGAGCCACGUGGCUAGUGUGGGAAAGGAUGAAGCUGCUGAUUGAGCCAACUGCAGGCGUGGGACUGGCGGCCGUGCUCUCGGAGCAGUUCCAGGCAGUCCCCCGGGACGUGCAGAACGUUUGCAUCGUGCUUUGUGGGGGAAAUGUGGACCUGAGAUCCCUGACCUGGCUCACAGACCUCUCUGGGAAAGCUGAAUGAGGAUGGAGUGGUGUUUCAAGAAAUGAAAACCUAACUCUGAA